AUGGCGAGCCCAUUGCAGUUUGCUUACCGAACCCAGAAGGUUAUCGGUGUCACCGACGCCGCGCCUGUCUACGAGCCUCUCCCUGGAUUCGUUAAACCCGAAGGGAAUUUACGGUGCUGUGUUUACUCGCCCUGCGGUCGAUACCUCGCCUGGGCGUCCAGCGAUCGUGUCUGUAUUGUCGACGCAUCCGUUGGCCAUGUUUUAACUAACAUAGCCAUCGCUAAUGUAUUCGAAGUCGCUUUUUCCCCUAAGGGAUCAUUUCUGAGCACCUGGGAGCGACCGGCAAAGGACGAGGCUGGCGAUGCAACAAAGAACUUCAAGAUCUGGCGAACGGUCGAAAACCUCCCCGAAGGAGUUGAGAAGCAACCCAUAGGACGGUUUGUUCAGAAGUCCCAGACAGGUUGGAAUCUUCAGUACACCUUCGAUGAGAAGUUUUGCGCUCGUCUUGUUACCAACGAGGUACAAUUCUACAAUAGUGAUGAUCUAAGCACUGUUUGGAAUAAGCUCCGAGUCGAAGGCGUGAUCGAUUUUGCAAUCGCGCCCGGUCAGAGCCACAACGUUGCAGUUUUUGUACCUGAACGAAAGGGCCAACCUGCUGCCGUCAAGGUCUACAACGUCCCACAGUUUACGACCCCGAUUUCCCAGAAGACUUUUUUCAAGGGCGAUAAGGUUCAGCUCAAGUGGAACAGCUUGGGAACUAGCUUAAUUGUGCUGGCACAAACAGAAGUUGAUAAGACGAAUAAGAGUUACUAUGGCGAAACCACCCUCUAUCUCCUUAGCGCCAAUGGUUCUCUUGAUGCCCGCAUCACCUUAGACAAAGAUGGACCGAUCCACGACGUUGCUUGGUCACCGAACGGCAAAGAAUUUGGUGUUAUUUAUGGUUAUAUGCCAGCCAAGACUACCAUUUUCAGUCACCGUGCGACCGCAACUCAUUCUUUUCCUAUUGCUCCGCGAAACACCAUCAUCUUUUCACCAACUGGCCGCUUUGCAUUAGUUGCAGGGUUUGGUAACUUGGCUGGUCAGAUUGAUGUUUAUGACUUGGAGAAGGAUUAUCGCAAGGUUUGCACUAUCGAAAGUGGCAACCCCAGCGUGUGUCAGUGGAGUCCUGACAGUCGGUAUAUCAUGACUGCUACUACGUCCCCUCGCCUUCGCGUCGAUAACGGCGUGAAGCUUUGGCAUGUUGGUGGAGGGAUUAUGUACCAUGAAGACAUGGUGGAGCUCUAUAACGUAACUUGGAGGCCGGUUCCCCUUGAGGAUCUCCCUCGUGGCGAUCCUCUACAUCCUGUCCCUACUCCACAUGCUUCGGCCGUUGCUUAUCUGGGAACGGUUAAGACCCCAUCGAAGCCUGUCGGUGCUUAUCGUCCUCCAGGAGCUCGAGGAAUGUCUACGCCACUUCAUUUCAGGCGUGAAGAUGAAGGUGGCGCUGCCCAUGUUAUGAGCAACGGCACCCAGAAUGUGGGACCUAAUGGGUUUGGGAGAUCACGUCGCCAAAUUCCGGGUGCUGAAUUUCUCGAAUCCGGUUCGCGCACUGUGCCUGGCGCCGGUCCAGCUGACGGAUCUGGUGCUAACGGCGAUGAGAACUUGUCGAAGGCAGCGUUGAAGAACAAAAAGAAGAGGAACAAUAAGAAGGCCAAGGAUGGCGAGGGAAGUGGUGCUAAUAGCUUGGCUCCCCCGACUCAGGAUAGAGGUCCUGGCUCUGGAAAUGAGGGACGCAGCCCCGAGCGACGUGGAUACCAGUAUAACCAGCAGAGACACAACCGGAGCCGCUCGCGACACAACUUCCAAGGGGGUAACAACCCCGGACGUAACCGCAGCAACACCCACCAGAACGGCCAGAACGGUCAUGGAGCUCCCGCUGCGCCGCAGAUUCAGACAUCCCAGGCACCCACACCCGAUUCGUUGCUUUCCCCCGGCAGCCAGAAUCCCGCGUCCAAGAAGCUGCGCAGCUUGCAGAAAAAGAUUCGCGCAAUCGAAGAUCUCGAGAUGCGACAUGCCGGCGGCGAGAAGCUAGAAGAUACGCAGAUGAAGAAGAUUGCGACCAAGGCCACGGUUGUCAAGGAGUUGGAGGCAUUAGAGAAGGAGGCCCAUUGAUUACAUCCGGAGCGGACAGGCUGGAAAGUUCAUUAGCCAGGCCCUUAUACGCCAGGAUCGUUUUUGGUUAGUCCAAUGGAGGGGAUGCCCAGCGAUGGGGGGCUUGGACUAGGAGGUGCUGGUAUGUGUGGCUUUGUUGUCACUGGCGUUCAGGGGAAGAAAAGGCUACUUCGUUAGCCACUUUACUCAACUCCCGGAGAGGGGAGAGGGGGCUGAUUGUGCAUCCGCUCGCGUUUUGCGGGGCGGAGCGAUAGAUGAUAUAGCAUGAAAAAGAAUAUAGUGCCGUUGCGCCUUCGACGUUGUCUAUUUAUAUUAAGGCCUGGAUUAACUACGUGAGCACCUCUUAGAUCACCAAUGGUGAGU